AUGUUAAAGAUGUGUCAGUACAUUUCAAAGCACUUCGAUCUCGGUCACAAACUUCUUCACUUUUAGUUUGAAAACAAGGGAAGUUACUGUGAAGUCACUGAAUUAUAUUGUUUUGAUGCGAUCAGUUUUCAGGAAGUCUUCUUGACCAGGGAUUCCGCAAAAGUACCAAGAAAAUGCAGUGGAGUUCUUCUCUUGGCUUGGGCGUUACGGUUGCCAUGACGAUGAUAUCGCUGUCGGUGGUGACAAGUUUGGACUUCACGUAUCACAGGCAGCCUGCCAUGGCCUCAUUCUUACAGAACUUGAGUGUGAACUAUCCUGAUAUCACCCACCUCUACAGCAUUGGCCGCAGUGUGGAAGGUCGUGACCUCUGGGUAUUAGCCGUUGGAAAGAACCCUAAAAGUCAUGUGACGCUGAGACCAAAUGUGAAGUAUGUUGGUAACAUGCAUGGCAAUGAGCCCAUUGGCAGGGAGAUGUUGCUGCAUUUGAUUGAGGAGUUUGUGAUGAAUUACGCCAGCAACAGUACACUGCGAUCCUUCCUCGACAGCACACUGGUACACAUCCUCCCAACAAUGAAUCCGGAUGGAUUUGAGGCAUCUUACGAAGGAAACUGUUCUGGAAGUUACGGAAGAGCAAAUGGCAACAUGUAUGACCUGAAUCGUAAUUUCCCCGAUGAGUUUGAAUUUAAUGACAUGGAACAACAACCAGAGACCAAGGCUAUCAUCAGUUGGCUGUCACAAUACCAGUUCAUCCUCUCGGCAAAUCUUCAUGGAGGGGCGAUGGUGGUCAACUACCCCUACGAUAAUUACCCUGGAGCAUCUCAGUCUUUUGCGACGAAGUUGGUACCUUGCCCGGAUGAUGAUAUUUUCCAGCACGUUUCUAGGGUUUAUAGCUUUUCCCAUCAUCGCAUGUACCAAGGAGACUUCUGUGGGGAGACUUUUGUCGACGGAAUCACAAAUGGAGCCAUGUGGUACCCAAUGAGAGGAGGAAUGCAGGACUACAAUUAUAUACAUGGUGGGUGCCUAGAGGUUACUAUUGAACAAGACUGCUGUAAAUAUCCUCCACACAGAGAACUGCCAAAUUUCUGGGAGGAGAACAGGGAUGCCCUUAUCAAUUACCUGAUGCUUGCCAAUACCAUGGGUGUUCGGGGAUUGAUAAAGACGGCAGGCGGGACACCAGUGGAGGGAGCAGAACUUAGCAUCCAAGGACGAGACAACAUUAAGUUUAAGACUACAGCACAUGGUGAAUACUGGAGAAUCCUUCUUCCUGGAAACUACAAAAUAAUGGUAAAGACUGCUGAUUUUGGUGAGACCAACAGAUCCUUCACGAUACAACCAAAUAUGCCAACGAGGCUUGAUAUAGUCCUUAGCAGCACAUCAGGGCAAAUCAACUCAGGACAAAUACUACACAGUUGUCUUUUCUUGUUGUCAAGUGCACUUGUUGUCAUAGUGAUGUUGUGAUGAAAAUAUUAUCCAAUAGGAUUCCUUGUUGUAAAAUUACAUACCAGCAUAUCUGUGAUUUGUGCUUUUAGUCAGGGAGAUUAAUAAUGAAAUAAUGGGGCUGACAUGAUUUUUAAUGGGAAAUAAAUGGGAUUUCUAAAUACAGAUUAACAGAUUUUUAAUGAAUGAUUAAUGGGAUUAUUUUAAUGCUAGCUGUAUUUUAAUGAAAAUUUAAUUACUAAUUUUUCAUGGGAUUUUAAAUGAAAAAUAACAGGAUGUAUAACAAAAAUUAACAAGGUUUUCAUUUGAAAUGGAAAUAUUUUCAAUAGCAAAUCAUUCAGAUUUAAUGUGAAAUUAAUCAAUUUUUAAUUGUAAAUAACUCAUUUUUAAUGGAAUAUUUCAUUCAAUUUAAUUCGUCUGCAUCAAUUAUCAGUGAUUUUUACUAAUUUGUUACUUUUGCCAUCAUAGAAAAAUAUGUGCCAUUAAUUAAGCUGAAUUAUUUGCUUCAUUUCUGAAUCCUUUAUGGAAUCAGACAUUUACUCGUUAUUAAGCUGGAAAUAUUUUAUUCAAGAAAAAUUAUGUUAAAGUGAGGAGCCGUAGCAACAAUCAAAUUAUGCAUGUACUAUACAUUUUUAUAUGUGAGUUUACAGGUGAGAGUUAACAGAUAACCCAUUUGAAUCAAAUUCAGUUGAGUUGAGUAUAUAUAUCCUCAAACUUGAAUGUCAUUCAAUGAGUCAAUCAGUUGUGAAAUAAACUUCACUCAAAUGAGUCAAUCAGUUGUGAAUUAUUAAACUUCACUCAAAUGAGUCAGAGUGAUGUGAAUCAAACUUCACUCAAAUGAGUCAAUCAGUUGUGAAUCAAACUUCACUCAAAUGAGUCAAACAGUUUUGAAUCUUCUACCUCCAACAUGUGAUCCAACCUUCAUUUCUACCAUUGUCUUCCAUAAUUCAGUAAUUGUCUUCCAAAACUUGUUGAUGUGAAAAUUCAUUAUUGAAACAACAAAAUGAAUGUUAACCUAUUCUAAUCACCUUUUGUCCGUCGUCAAACGUCAUGAAUCAUGGGUCCGUAAAAACAAUUUACAUUUUAGACUUCUUUUCAGAAACCCCUGGACCAUACUCAUUGAAACCUAUGCUUCCAGGGUCAAAGAUGUGCAACCAAAAUUGUGAAUUAUAUACCCUCCUUCCAAGGGCCUGGAGGGUUGUGUAAAAAAAAAAUGGGUUAAAUUGAAUGAAAUUACAAAAAACAUCUUGUCAAGACCCAGAUAAGG